AUGUCGGUAGCAUCAAUUUCCUUGCUUUCCGUUGUCGCCGUUCUGUGUUCAAUGUUCGCGGUCUCUGCUUCCAUGCCAACAGGACUACGUUUGGAUAGUUACUCCGAGGAUCAGGUCAAAGGCUGCUACAUCCAUAAUCAGACACUCGGCGUUUGCUUUGAGCUGGAAAAAGACUCAAUGAAGAUUACCAAGACAAACGGAGAGCAGGUUGUGUUUUACACGAAACUUGGCCAUGACAUGCUCUACUACCAGAUUUUGGACCAAGGAUUUAUCGGGUGAGUUUUUUUAAACUUAAAUUUAAUUCGAUUUGCCACUGCACAAACUAUACAUUUUGCAGUAAAACUCAACUCACCAGUAGCUCGUGUAGUUCCGCGGAGGUUUUCAACUUUUGAAAUCAUUCCUUUGAUCUAAAGAAUAAGGAUGAUGGAAAAUUAUGGUAGAUUAUGUUUUGUUUCCUCUUUGUGAGAUCUGAAAUUUUUCUACGGCGAGGAAUUUUUCCUUCCUGCGAGAUUUCUCAGAAACGUCUUGGCGAAAAGUAUCUAAACUCUUCGAAUAAGAUCAGUGGCAAAGGUUAUGGGGACUCCAAGUUUUUGGUCGCUUUUUUCAGCUAGCUUACAAGGUUUUUAGGGUACUGUAUGUCCGAUUCAUAUCAAGGCCCAGCCGAAGCAUAGUUUUCUUUUGGGUACUGAUUUAAAGAAUCUUUUUAAUCUCUUUAAGCAAAAACAAAAGCUUUUUUAGUUUUGAAUUUUAAUUUGCCCAAUUUAUUUAAAAUUUCGUCGUCUCAAGUGGGAAAAUCGGUUGAACGUUCUGAUCACAGCUUGCUCCUUUCAAAAGAUUCCGGGGGACUUACCAAGGUGUGGUUAUAGUGGAGAUCAAUAGUGGUUUGCUUUUAAUUUACUGCAAAAGGGCUGCCACUGGAAACUUAAAACUUUAUUGAUUUCACCAUUCAGUUGUGCGAUCAUAACAGCACUAUAGCUUAUAGUGUCAGCUUAGGAGCCCAUUGCGUACCCUGGCUCCAGAGGUCCGUUCUCGAAAUACCUUAGAUGAAAUAACCGUGCUCACUGUUUGAAAAGCUGCCGAGACGCUUCGCCCCGAACUAUCAGGAAUUAGACAAGAAAAAAAAAGCCUCUUGAACCCAGGGUACCCAGAAGUCCAUAGUAGUAGGCUACAAUAUUGAAACAAGAUAUUAAGGACCUUAAGAUCCGACGACGGCGACGGCAACGGAAACGUCAAAAAGCAAUGGCCUUAAUAGGCAAAACAACAACUUUGUAAGUGCAUCACACUUUAGUAUACAUUUCUUUGCCGCCAAUGCACGACUAUGACUUGAAAAUGCCUAAUGUCGUGUUUUAUAGAGGACGUAAACAAGCAGCGACGAAAUGUUGUCUUUCUUAACUCGGAUAAGGCUGUUGCUAAUUCAACUCCAUAGGAGAGUUCCCAUACAUUUGACAAAGUAAACGAGUUUAACUAGUCGCGAUGAGGACUGAAAAAUCGCGAAUUUCCUACAGUACUACGCUUUCCCUGCCGUCGCCGUCCUCGCUUUUUAAGUUCCCUAUUAACAAUGGAAAUUCAACAUAAUCGAAGUCAAUUUUUCUAAAUGUGUAGAUCUUACACAAAACAAUUGUGCUUUUCCUUGCCAGGCAUGGUCGGAACAUGACCUACGUUCCAGACUACAUUCCCAGAAUGCCUCAAGAUCUCCGAGAGUAUCUAAAGCAAAUAACUGAGGGGUCACCUACGGAGCGUGAAGCUGUGAAAAUCCAUUAUCAAGAGGCCGUGAGCGAGCUACAUUACGUCCCCGAAAUUCAGCUUCUGGAACUGGUGUCCCAUGGACUGACGACCAACUCUACUCAAGUGGAGAUUCUAAAGCCAUUUCAUGCUCUGUGUUUCAACCUUUUGAAAACUGCUAAUAUACAGAUCCCCUCCGAAUUAAGAGCUUUGCAUGACCUUGAUGAAGACCCCAGUCGGCAGAGGCGAUGCCAAAGCUUGAAGUAUAACCGUCACAAUAAAUGCUUAGGAAUGUGCGGUUUGGGAUGCUGGUGUUGGAGGAUUGUGUGUGGUGAUUGCUGCUGGAAUAGAGGAUGUUAUGAACACGAUCUUUGCUGCCGACAUGAUUGGUGGAGCACGGCAUGUCUUUUGCCAUUCGUGAGCUUCAGUUGCUCCGGCUUUAGUGAAUACCCAGGCUGCCUCUAUUAG